AUGGCAGCAAAACGUUCUAUACAUCAAGAUCCAGAAUAUGAAGCUAUUACACCAGAAAUUCAAGAAAAAAGAAUAAAAUUAUUAGAAGAUAAUGUGAGGAAACAAACUAAGAAGAAAAUAGAAAGCAUCAUUAAAUCUAAUUUUGAAGAGGAAAUUAUCAAUAAAGAUGCUGAACUUGAUGCAAUUGAUGAAGUGAGUUCAGAAUUUAAAAUAUAUCCAUGUCAUACUAUGUUAGACCGAUUAAGAGCAUGCAUCAUUACAAAAUAUUAUGCAACCUUAGGGCAAGAACAGGUGUCUAAUGACUGCUCAAGUAAUUCAAUUCAUCCAGCUGUCAAGCCGUACCUAGGCAAAACACCAAAACAUGCAAAUGUAAAUUCUUUUGAUUGUUCAAGCUCAUCUGGUAACAUUGAAAACUCUUCAAACGAAGCUCAAUCUCUGGAAGAUGUGCCAUCCACAUUAAAUAAUAUUAUGUUAAGUAAUAUUACUGAAAAAGUGGAUGAUAAUUAUAUUUUGCCUGAUGAUGUUACUUAUCGAGGUCCAAGGUUUAAAACAAAGUGUAAAAUAGUUAUUGGAAACGUUUCCAAAUUCAUUCCUGUAUGGCAAAGGGAGGAAAAUGAUCAAUCCACACACAAAUGGAUGAUCUAUGUGCGUGGUGAUAAGCAUAAUCCUGACAUUGAAGGUUUUGUGAAAAAAGUGCGAUUUCUUCUGCAUCCCAGUUAUAGACCUACUGAUAUUGUUGAAAUCAGUCAUGCUCCAUUUCAUUUAAUAAAAAGAGGCUGGGGUGAAUUCCCAGUUCGAGUCCAACUUCACUUCCAUGAUGCUCGCAACAAGCCUGUUGAUGUUAUCCACAACUUGAAGUUGGAUAAGACAUUCACUGGCUUGCAAACACUUGGUGCUGAAACAGUUGUGGAAUUGUAUUUGUUCAAAUCUGAAGAAAGCAUCAAUAAUGUAAAAAACACCGGUAUGCCACAAAUCCAGAAGGUGUCCAGUAUUGAAACAGAAAACAGUUCUUUAAAAAAUGCUGACUCUUGUCUUUCACAAAAUCAUUUAACUAUAAACGGUCUUUGUGAAAAUAGCCUAGAUACUUCUUCCAAGAAUUUUAAGCUUCCAGUCAAUGAACCUGAAAAUAUUCUGAGGGAAACUGAAGGAACUUGUAAUAGUAAAGUGUCAAGUGUUGAUGCCAGGAACAGUGCACCAACGGAAAGUUUGACAAAUCAAAAUAAUCCUCCUAUACCUAAAAUUAUAAUUUCUGGUUCUUCAGUGAAGAACACUGUGCCAAAUGAUGUAUCAAAAAGUUCAACUGUACCAAAUGGGAUCAGUGCAGCUUUUGUUAAAUGUACUGACUCUGAAGGUAGGGUGUUGUUAGUUCCUCAGUCGUCCUUGCUUCGAAUUAAAUCAGAAAAAUCUGCUGCUCCGAAACUAAAUAACGUGGUUGUUUCCAAUAAUAAUGUUUCCCAGAUCAAGCAACAAUCUAAUAUCCCUCAAACAAAACCAAAUGCAGCUGUACCGUCUUAUAUAUUAAAAGUUGUUCCUAAUAAAGAAAGUGGUCAAAAUCAAGUUCUGUUAAUUCCUAUGACUGAGAAAAAAGUUCAGAACAAUGAAAUAAAUGUUCAAAUUAAGAAAGAUCCUGUUUCUCCUUCAGAAAGUUCGUCUGAAAAACAUACAUUGGAUUUAAAACCAGGCAAGAUUGUAAGAAAACGAUGCUCCUUUUAUAAAGAACUAGAAUUUAUAAAAUUAGAAAAUUAUAAAACUUUUGAAGAGCUAUUGAAACGAGUUUGUUGCUUUUACCCUAUUGUUAAGGAGGGUGUUGACAGAAGUCUCUUCCCACAUUGUGCAGCUUCUCUGGAAGAAUUCCUAAGUUGGAAUAUUGGUAAACAGAGGGCUUCGGAGUGGAAAAGAGCCGGUGCUGUAAGAACUGCAAUUAUAAACCUUCUCAAUAAAAAAACAAGUGCCCAUAUCUCAGUAGAACAUGUGUGGUCUAGAGCUGCUAUUAUGACUUGGUGUCGGAAAAAUGGCUUUGUGCCUAUGACAUCAGAAAAAAUGACCCUAUUACCAGAGCCUAAGUGGUCAGGAAUUGAGCUAUGUUCAUUGACAAAUGCUGAUGAUUUUAUCAGCACCCUUAGAGAAGAAGGAGACUCAAACCUAGUUUUGAGUGAUGAUGAAGAUAUUGAUAUUGUUAACAUUACAGAAAAGAAAACAACAAUAGAAAAAACAAAUACAAGCCAAUCAGCAACUUGUCAUCUACCACAUUUAUCUGAAACAGCAAUUUAUGUGAAAAAAGUAGCAUCUCAGGUUGGAAUUGAUAUUAAACCCAUUGAACUUGAACCAAGAAUAUAUGUCCCUGCUAUUGAAGAAAUGAUAUUGUCUGCUUCCAAAGAGCUUGCUAUGGAUAUUAUUGGAUCUGCUGUGAAUGAAGGUUUUGAGAGAUUAGGAGGAAAAUUUUGUCCGGAAGAAAUUACUGUGUCUGACGUUUAUUCGGCCAUUAAAAAAAUACCGAAGUUUGAUUUCUUAAAUAACAGCUUUUUAGGCAUACCAAAAGAAUCAAAAGAAGAAACUUGA